ACCAAGAUGGGGACACGAGGAGUCCAGCUGAGCCUGUGGUUCUUCUACCUGAGUCAGCUGAGCGGACCUCUUGCUCAGACAGUCAACAUCAUUCCUUCUCUACAGACUCUGAACCUGGACUCAGCCAACGUGUCUCAUAUCGGCCGGGUGUGCACAACAUGGGGACAUCAUCACUACAAGACGUUUGACGGACAGUUCUUCCAGCUUCCGUCCACCUGCAACCACAUCCUCGUGUCCCAGUGCAGAGGGACCUACGAAGGCUUCGUCGUGUCGAUGAGGCGCAGCUCGUCCUCCUCCUCCUCCAUCAGCAGCAUCAACAUGAAGCUGGACGGUUUGGUCCUGGAGAUCUCCAACAACUCAGUGACGGUCAAUGAGGAGACGGUGUCUCUGCCACAUGUUGCCUUUGGAGUCAAGAUCAAAGAAACAACAUCGUCCAUCUUUGUUGAAGCCAGUCUUGGAAUCAAAGCUGUCUGGAACCUGGACGACUCCUUUGACCUUGAAAUAGAUAAAAAAUAUCAGAACCAGACGUGUGGACUGUGUGGAAACUUUGACGGGAUUUCCAAUGAUUUCAUCAAAGAUGGGGUUCUGCUAUCCGUGGUGGAUUACGCUGAAACCUUCAAGGUGAACGGACCCACGGAAUCCUGCGUGGAACCAGAACUCAGCCCAGCUCCGAGCUGUGAGGCUCAGGCUCUUUGUGAGGACAUCUUCUCCAGUGAUGCAUUCAGCAGCUGUCAGAACCUCCUGGAUGUCGGGUCCUUCACUGAAGCCUGCAUGGUGGACAUGUGUAGCUCUGAAGACACCUCGGACCUGGUCCUGUGUAAAACCAUCUCAGAGUUCUCCAGACAGUGUGUCCAUGCAGGAGGAAGCCCCACAGCCUGGAGGAACGAAACCUUCUGCUAUAAGACGUGUCCGUCCAACAUGGAGUUCCUGGAGUGCAGCAGUCCUUGUCCUGACAGCUGCUCCAACCCUCAGGCCAGUCAGACGUGUGAUAAUCACUGCCAUGAUGGCUGCAGCUGCCCUGCAGGAACCGUACUGGAUGAUAUCGAUUACACUGGAUGUGUUGCUGUCAGUCAGUGUCCAUGUCUGCACGGCAACAGAACCUACCAAUCAGGAGAGUCGUACUCACACAGCUGCAGAUCCUGUGUGUGUGAGAACGGCCGCUGGUCGUGUUCAGAGGAGAACUGUCCAGGAAGGUGUUCUGUGGAGGGCGGAGCUCACAUCAACACCUUCGAUGGAAAGACGUACACCUUCCACGGGGAUUGUUCCUACGUUCUGACCAAGCAGAGCAACGGCUCCUUGUACACUGUGUUGGUGGACCUGGACAAAUGUGGUCUGGCUGAUACCAGGACUUGUCUCAGAGCCGUCACUUUGGCCUUGGACACCAACUCUUUGGUGAUUAAAGUUCAUGCUUCAGGACACGUCUACAUCAACAACAUCCAGUCUCAGCUGCCACUGUUUACACCUGAGCUGAGUGCCUUCAGGCCAUCCUCCUUUUACAUUCUCAUCAACACCAAGGUGGGUCUCCAGCUGGCUGUCCAACUGUCCCCCGUGAUGCAAGUCUUCAUUUCAGCUCAUGUGUCCCUCAGAGAAACCCCUUCAGGAUUGUGUGGGAACUUCAACAACAACUCCCGUGAUGACUUCAGAGCGAACAGCGGCCUGGUGGAGGGAACUGUUGCAACAUUUACCAAAUGCUGGAAAACUUAUUCCUGUCCUGAUGUCCAGUUGCAGUUUGGAAAUCCCUGCAGCCAAGAUAUCACCAGGGAGAAUUUUGCUCAGUUCUGGUGCUCCAAACUGACUGAUCCAAGCGGGGUGUUUGCCCCCUGCCACCCUGUCAUCAGCCCCAACACCUAUAGAGAUAACUGCAUGUACGACAGCUGUAGCUGUGACAGGAGUGAGGACUGUAUGUGUGCUGCCGUCUCCUCGUACGUGUUCGCCUGUUCAGCAGCCGGAGUCCACCUCAGUGGAUGGAGGGAUGUCAUCUGUGGGACAUUCAGGGACUCCUGUCCAGCAGGGACCGUGUAUGAGUACAACAUGACCUCCUGUGGUCGUACAUGUCGUUCCCUCAGUCAGGUGGAUUUCUCGUGUCAGAACAGCUUCGCCUUGGUGGACGGCUGUGGCUGCGCUGAGGGAACCUUCAUGGACGAAGACGGACAGUGUGUGUCCAGUGAAAGCUGUCCCUGCUAUGACAAAGACAACAUUAUUCCUGCUGGACAAGCUGUCUUCAAGGAUGGAGCCACAUGCGUCUGCAGACAUGGAGCUCUGAGCUGCUCCGGAGGAACGCCACCACAACAAUCAGCAUCAUGUGUGGCCCCCAUGGUUUACUUUGACUGUUCCACUGCUGAGCCGGGGGCCGCAGGGGCCGAGUGUCAGAAGUCCUGCAGCUCUGUGGAUAUACAAUGUAUCAGUACCGGCUGCACGUCCGGCUGCGUCUGUCCUGACGGGCUGCUGUCAGACGGAACCGGAGGUUGCAUCGACGAGAUCAGCUGUCCCUGUGUCCACAAUGAGCUCGUUUACCAACCAGGACAGACGCUCACAGUGGACUGCAACACCUGCUUGUGCAGUGGAAGGAUGUUCACGUGCACGGCCAACGAGUGCGACGCAGUUUGUGGACUCUAUGGAGACGGUCACUACGUCACGUUUGACGAGAAGAGGUUCGACUUCAACGGACAGUGUGAAUACACGCUGCUCCAGGACUUCUGUGGUUCGGAUCAGAACGACGGAAGCUUCAGAAUCAUCACUGAGAACGUUCUGUGUGGAACCAUAGGAACCACCUGCUCCAAAACCAUCAAGAUCUUUUUGGAGGAAAAUGAAUUCCAACUUAAAGACGAGAACUUUGAGGUGAUCAAAGGGAACAUUCAGGUUCUCGGUGUUCAGAUACAAAAAGUGGGUGUUUACCUUGUGGUGACCAUCAAAUCAGGACUUCUUCUGAUGUGGGACCAGAAGACCAGUCUGUUCAUCUCCCUCAGCCCACACUUUCAGGGUCAGGUCUGCGGUCUCUGUGGAAACUAUGAUGGCAACAGUAAAAAUGAUUUCACCACCCGCUCUCAGGAGACAGUGACAGAUGUUUUAGAGUUUGCAAACAGCUGGAAAGUUUCAUCCAGCUGCCCUGACGCCCAACUCAUCAGUGACCCCUGUGCCUCUAACCGCUACCGGGCCGCCUGGUCCCAGAAACAGUGCAGCAUCAUAAUUAGCUCCACCUUCCAGAGCUGUCAUAACAAGGUUAACCCGGGCCCAUACUUUGACUCCUGUGUGAGGGACUCCUGUGCUUGUGACACUGGAGGAGACUGUGAGUGUCUCUGCACUGCUGUGGCUGCCUACGCUAAGGCCUGUAACACAGCAGGGGCAUGUAUUCACUGGAGAACGCCAAAGUUGUGCCCUAUUUUUUGUGACUACUAUAACUCACCUGGAGACUGCGAAUGGCACUACAAACCCUGCGGAGCAGACUGUAUGAAGACUUGCAGGAAUCCAUCAGGAAACUGUUCCAAACUCACCACCACCAUGGAAGGCUGCUAUCCCAAGUGUCCCCAAGCCACGUCUUUUUUUAAUGAAGAUACCAUGAAGUGUGUUUCCUGGGACCAGUGCGGGUGUUACGAUGAAAAGGGGAUUCACUACAACAUAGGAGAGCAGGUUCCAGCCAACAACUGUUACACAUGCUCCUGUACGUUAUCUGGAAUAGAGUGUAGCUACGAUGUAAAGUCUUGUACAUGCAUGAUUAAUGGAAAAAUAUACAAUUAUGGGGAAACCAUUUACAACACAUCAGAUGGACUGGGAAACUGCAUAACAGCUGAAUGUGGAGUCAAUGGAAACAUUUCAAGGACUGUCUAUGAAUGCUUAGAAAGCACUACUGCGGGACCGACAACAUCUCCAUUUACAUUUAGUACAGCUCAGGAAACUACAGAAGGAAUGACAACAUAUGAAUCAACAACAGGAGUUUCAGAAACAAAACUUUCAACAGAAAUUAAAACCGAGACACCAACAAAUCUGUCAACAACGACCGUUUCUAAACCUUCAACACCAGGGAACACAGCAACAAGUACAGAAAGCACAAUAGUAUCAUCAAAGCCCACUGUUGAAACAAAAGCACCUUCCACUAUUUCAUAUAAAUCCACUCUGAAACCUGAACAAACAACUCUGUCUGAAGCUACAACACGUAAAUUUGGGACUACUAUCCCUCCUAAAGUUGUUACCUCUGGUCCGGUGACGACCUCCACUACAGUUGUCCUUGAAACAUCAAGCACAGGACCAGGAAUCCAAACAACCAGACCUGAAAGCUCCACUGUUACAUUCAAGCCAUCCACUACUACCACAACUACACCAACUCCUUUUGCCACCAGUACGGAAAGUCCUAACAUAGAGACAACAAUCAAAUUUACAACGCUUUCCCUUCCAACAAUGGUUGUCACAACUCCUGUUUUCAACACAACUGCUGUAACCACACAAAACCCAUCAGGAACAACUAAUAUUGCUCCUCUAACACAGACUCUUCCAGGCAGCACAACAGUUUAUCCUCCAAUCACAACCAGCCAGCCAAGAGUAAGCACUUUUUCUUCAUCACCAUACCCCCCAGCGACAUCGUCUUGUUUUUGCAUUGUUAACACAACUUUGUACAAUCCUGGAGACUUGAUGUACAACAAUACUGAUGGCCUUGGUUGGUGUUUUGUUGCAUACUGCAAUCUAUCUUGUAAAGUUGAGACACAUCUCAGCCCAUGUCCAGUAACGCCACUGUCUAGCACCACCACGUCCACUUUACUGUUCACAACAACAACGUCCACAGGUUCAAGCUCAGUCCCUUGGAUCACAAACGGUUCUAGGUCUACUGCAACUACAGUAACAUCCCCAUCUACAGCUUCUGUAGACUGCAAUGAUUUGGAUCCACCUAAACAGAAUGGAGAGUCCUGGAAGUUAAGCAACUGCUCCACAGCUACCUGUUCCAAUGGAGAGGUGCAAGUGUCGUCAGAUUUCUGUCCUGCUGUCACUGAACCCAUCUGCACCAAUGGACACAAAGCAGUGAAGAUCUACGAUGAAGAUGGCUGCUGCUUUCACUUUGAAUGUGAAUGCGUGUGCACAUUGUGGAGUGGAUCCAACUUCAUGACGUUUGAUGGACAGUUUUUCACAUUUGAUGAAAACUGCACCUAUUACCUGGUGAAGGAGAUAAUUUCCAAAUAUAACCUGACCAUUAUAAGAAGCCAUGAUUGUGAUCCUUCAGAGUCCACAUUCUGUCCUCUGGCCCUGACCAUCAUCUAUCAAUCCACCGAGGUGGUUCUAACUCAGACAGAGACCUCUGGGACACCAACCAUUGUUGUGUAUGUAAAUAAGAAACGUAUCUAUCCAGCCUACAGCAACUCUGUCCUGCUCGUCUCCGGCUCAGACAUGCUUGUCACAGUGGAGAUACCAGAGAUCAACACUAAAAUAAUCUACAGGAGCUCCUCGUUCAGCAUUGACCUUCCUUCCUCUCUGUUUUGGGGGAACACUGAGGGGCAGUGUGGAACCUGUGAUAACUCCCAGUCCAAUGACUGCCGGUCUCCUAACGGUCAGGUGGAGACCUGCUGGGUCUCUGCAGGCCAGUGGCAGGUCCCAGGUAGCCCCUGUGUCACGUCAACAGCCGCCCCAGUUACAGCAGGUCCCCUGACCUCACCACAGACACCUCCCUCACCCACACCAUCAACCUGCAGACCUUCAGUCUGUGAACUGCUCACAAGCAGCGUGUUCGCACCCUGCCACCCUCUGCUGCCCCCCGGAGCCUUCGUCACGGCCUGUUCCAACGAUGUUUGUAACGGAGCAGAUCAGAGCUGCUCCAGCCUGGAGGCCUACGCCACUCAGUGCGCCGCUGCCGGCGCCUGCAUCGACUGGAGGAGCGCCACGAACGGACUGUGUGAGCACAAAUGUCCCAGCAACAAAGUGUACCUGGCCUGUGGUCCAUCAGUGGAACCCACCUGCAACGACAGGUACAACAACAAGUUCCAGACAGACCUGAACGCAUCAUCCAACGACACAAAGGAAGGCUGUUUCUGUCCUCCAGGAUCCACCUUGUUCAACCCGGUCUACGACACCUGUGUCUCUUCCUGUGGUUGUGUCGGUCCAGACGGAAAACCCAAGCAGCCAGGUGAAAUCUGGACGAGCGGCUGCAACACCUGUGUGUGUGACCUGGAUUCUAUGAGUGUCCACUGCCAGCCGGUACCGUGCCCGGCAGAACCGAGCCCGGACUGCAGCGAGCCGGGUCAGCAGCUGGUCAACAAAACAGAUGGCUGCUGCCCAACACAGUCCUGCGAAUGUGACGUCAGCCUGUGCUCGCCUCCUGGCUCCUGUCCUCUGGGGUUCCAGCUCAGCACCGCCAACGGGACCUGCUGCCAGUCCUACAGCUGUGUUCCUAAAGGUGUUUGUGUUUACGACAUGACUGAGUUUCAGCCCGGAGCCAAGAUCCCAACUCCAGAAGUGUUGUCAGAAACGAGCCAAGGGACCGUCACAACCUUGUUAUUGGACCCGUCUGAACCUGGACCCUGCCAGGACUGCUACUGUGGACCCAAAGUGGACCCUAACACCAAGCUGAACACCAUCAGCUGCACACCGACCGUCUGCAACACCAGCUGCUCUGAGGGUUUUGAGUAUCAGCUGAGUGAAGACAGAUGUUGUGGCGGAUGUGUUCAGAACAGCUGUUUGCUCGUCUCGGAUAACCAGACGGUCCAGAUCAUGCAGGUCAACGCCACGUAUGUCCCACCUGAGGACAGGUGUGUCCAGUACACCUGUCAGAAGGUCAACGGACAGUUUGUGAUGAGGGAAACCAAGACCACCUGCCCGCCCUUUAACCCCCUGGACUGUGAACCCGGCACUGAGGUGACAGAUGCUGCAGGAUGCUGCAUGUCCUGUGAUGUAAAGAGUGUGUGUCAGGUCCAGAGUCAGCCAACAAAGAUAGAGGUGAACGGCUGCAUCAGCUCGGAGCUGCUCAACAUCUCCUCGUGUGUCGGACACUGCAGAAGUUCAGCCAUGUACUCUGCAGCUGCUAACUCCAUGCUGUACUCUUGUGAGUGCUGCCGGGAGGCCUCCAGCUCACUGCAACAGGUGGUUCUGACCUGCUUGGACGGGUCCAAGAUUCAGCACACCUUCACUCAGGUGGAAUCGUGCGGCUGCAGCCCAGAGGAAUGUCCUGAGAAAACAGCCGAAGGCCCGCACCGCAGGAGGCGCUGAGUCGAUCCUUCAUCUGUAAAAUGUCUGAAGUUUGAUUUUAUGAUUCCUUCUUGAAUUAAAAUAUUUCUGCAAAA